UGAGACAAAAGACUGUUGGAGACAUCUGAGACGGAGCGGAGGACUUAUUCAUGCUCACAAUCACCGACGCUGCUGAAGAUUAUGGAUACAGACAGAACAUCUACAUUGCGUUAUUAAAUACUGACUGGUGGAGGUUUAAAGCACUUUCCUUCCAUGUGAAGCUCUUUAAGUUCCCAGAUGAUGGACGGCAGACAAGCGUCAAGGACUCUCACACCUGAUUGUGCAGCUUUUGCCAACACAUGAAAAAGAAGAAACAUGUUUGGUCUGAUGAAAUCUCGGAGCUUACCAUACAGCAGCAGGGCUAUGGGGAUCAGAAAUGGGACAAAAAACAGACAUCACUCCAAACCCAUCUCGAAAAUUUACUUCGUUUUUAUCCUGCUCCUGCUCAUUUUCACACCGAGGGUGGAUUCGUCGUGGUGGUACAUCGGAGCGCUGGGUGCUCGGGUGAUCUGCGACAACAUUCCCGGCCUGGUGAACAAGCAGCGGCAGCUGUGCCAGCGGCACCCGGACCUGAUGCAGUCCAUCGGAGAGGGGGCCAAGGAGUGGAUCAAAGAGUGCCAGCAUCAGUUCAGACACCACCGCUGGAACUGCAGCACGCUGGACCGGGACCACACCGUGUUUGGCAGGGUGAUGCUGCGAAGCAGCCGUGAGGCAGCGUUCGUGUACGCCAUCUCUUCAGCAGGUGUGGUCUACGCCAUCACCACGGCCUGCAGUCAGGGGGAGCUAAAGAUCUGCAACUGUGAUGGCCAAAAGCGAGGGCGAGCAAGCGACGACAGGGGCAAUUUCGACUGGGGCGGAUGCAGCGACAACAUCAACUACGGCAUCAAGUUUGCCAAGGCGUUCGUGGACGCUCGAGAGAGGAUGGUGAAAGACGCUCGGGCGCUGAUGAACCUGCAUAACAACCGGUGUGGACGGAUGGCAGUGAAGCGCUUUAUGAAGCUGGAGUGCAAGUGUCACGGGGUCAGUGGCUCCUGUUCUCUGAGGACCUGCUGGCUGGCGAUGUCUGACUUCAGGCGAACGGGAGACUACCUCCGCAAGAAGUACAACACAGCCAUCGAGGUGACCAUGAACCAGGACGGGACGGGCUUCAUGGUGGCGGACAAGGACUUCAAGGGAAGCACCAAGAACGAGUUGGUGUAUGUCGAGAACUCACCAGAUUACUGUCUCACGGACCGCUCAGCAGGCUCCUUGGGCACAGCGGGCAGAGUGUGCAACAAGUCCUCCAGGGGCACGGACGGCUGUGAGGUCAUGUGCUGUGGGCGGGGCUACGACACCAUGCGUGUCAAACGUGUGACCAAGUGCGAGUGCAAGUUCAAGUGGUGCUGCGCCGUCGAGUGCAACGACUGCGAGGACAUGGUGGAUGUUCACACCUGCAAGCCCCACAAGCGCCCCGAUUGGCUGGACAUAACCUAACGAGGAGAACCGACCAAUCACAAGUCACCACGGAUGGACUCAAUAACCUGCUCGCUAAUGACUGCAUUUUUAUUAUGGGAUAUAUAAUUUGGGAUCUCUUUACUGUCAUACCUCUCUGGCUUUUGAUCCUUUGGCACUUCAUGAAGCCGAGACUUCACAGACUUUGAUGCUAAACUGGAAAUUAGGCUCAGUUACUGAUUGUGUGCUGCUUUAACAAGCGUUUCUAUGAAUUUGUUGAGCUUUUUUUAAGAUAAAAGUUGAAUCUUUGAUACAAAACAGCUAAAUAUAUUGUAUUAUUCUGUUUUAAACGCACCAUUGUUUGAAGCAGAUUUAUGAGGUGAUGUCUUCUGGUUUUAUAGUAUGUAAAGAACAUAACAUCCUGCUCUUACUGAUGAUCAUAAUUUCAGUUAUAUUUAGCCUGAAGAGAGAGACAGAAGGAAAGAAAGUUGAAGAGAUCUUUGGAGAUAUUAUAAAAACACUGACACUGUAUCAUUUAAAAUGAUAUCAUUGUAUGGUUCUGCAACAAAUCAUUUAAAAUACACAAGACAUUUGCUGCUAAUGAGUGCAACUCUAACAAACCAGCAAAAAGACGGAGGGAGCUUGUGAAAAAGGUUCCUACUCGGAUAAGAUCAGACAGACAAUCACACUGUGAACCGGAAGGAACAGUAAACAGAAGAACAAACAAGGACGUUCAGUUAAAGAGGCUGCAGUCUUGCUGCAGAGCUGAAGACUAAGCACUAACUUCAUGUGGACUUCGGACUGGUGUCUGAAAGAGUUUCACUUUUCAUACAGUUUCCCACAUAUUUUGACGGUCUGCUAUUGGUCUAACACAUUCUGGCUGUGUUGCCUUAUGGAGGACUUUAUCAUUUCUACCUCUGUCUCUUUGUCUUUGUUUGAAUUUUUUGUUUUGCCGCUACACCAACAGCUUCAAGCAAUUGUCCUUAAGCCGUGUUCAGAGGGACAAAAGUACUGCGUAAAAAAUACAGCCUCCUCAUACAUUUUAUUUAGGCUACUGCGUCAAUAAAUGUAUUGUCUCGUAAAAACGUUGUAUCCACUCACAUUCAUACAGGUGCACAGUCUGUGUAGAUUACUUAACACCUUUACCUGAUGACGGUCAUGCAGGACGAUAAAGUUAUUUUUGAUGUGAAAGAAUACAAAGUUGUCAAUUCCAGUGCAAUAAUAUUUCAAACUGCUGUGCAGUGAUUUGGUGUCUGAAAAGUCCUAAAACAUGGAUUUGUUAUAUAAAACUGACCCUCCUGGAUCUUAUAUCAACAGUACUAGGGUUGGAAGGGUAUCACGGUAUAGCGUGGUAUUCAAAUUGACGGAUGAAGUACCAUGUACAUUUACUUAUGUAUGGUAUUGAAAAAACUGACAUAAGUGAGCUUGUUUGUGAGUUUAAGGUACAGACGAGAGGAGGCAGACUGCAGUGCUUACAGUAUUAAAUAUUGUAUUCAAUAUACAGUAAUUGUUAAUAAUCAUAAGACAUGUUAUUUUUCAUUUAACAUCCUAUAGUGCUGCCAACAUGUAAACUUCAGUCAUAUAACAUAUUAUAGUUAAAUACUAUUUUCUAAAUCAGGUUUCUAAUUUGUUUUAUUCUUUAAGGGACUUUGUAACUAAUAAUAAUAAUAAUUUAAUACCGUUUUUCAGCAUUACCUUGAUACUGUGAUAUUUUCUACGAAACCGUGAAUAUCUCAUACUGUUACAACCUAAUCAGUACCUGAUACAAAAGGCCUCCACCAAUGCAGCUGUUUUUGAUCUGAACCCCAGGUUAGCCAUCAUGUCUGCACCCUUUGUUGUUUGCCACAAUUGACCUCCUUCCAGUUUCUCUUGGCCACAGCAGUUUCUUAUUUUUUUCAUCCACCACUCAUGCCUCAACUUUGAUGGCAGUAAACUUACAGAAUGCUAUGGAAACAUUUUGAAAUCUUACAGUACUUUACUCAGAUGCAGCUAUAUAAUUUUGUUCAAGUAAAAAAAGAACAUUCAUUACAUCUUGCAUUGGUGCUGUUCUAGCUUUUAAAGCUGUGGAUCACUGAUCCAAGCACAUUCAUUAUUUUAAAGAUGGCAUCAGACAGAAUGCUGCCCAUUGGUUCACUGUUCAGGGGCUUUAUGCUCAGGCAAAUGUUUUUUUUUUCCCACUGUGUGCUUUUUGUUGUCAGUUGGUGAACUGACACAAAAAGAUAAAGAUAUUCUGUUGAUCUGACAUACUUGAAGGUUCAAUAUGUCAGUGACCUAUGGUGGUUCACCUUCAUUAGUGCCAGUUUUAACAUACACAAUCACACCACAGCUGUGUGCCUCCAACAGUGUACGCUGCUGAUAACAUAUAAUGCUACUUCCCUCAAACUAAAAGGCCUGAGAAUGUACAUUAAAAAACAUGUAUAUGCUGCUAAAUUGUUGCAGAUCUUAACUAAAACUGAACAGCAAAAUAUGUACUGUUACGCUGAAGAUCUUAUUCAUACAGG